AUGUUGACAUCGAAUGUCUUGACUGCCCUGUUGGCACCAGGUGUGCUAUCAUCUGCCUUGCCUGCUCGAAAUCUCAAUGCGCGGGCCGAUUCGAAGCCUCCUGCUCUUCAAGCCAUCCUGAACAACAUUGGCGCCGAUGGGUCUGCUGUUUCUGGAGCAUCUGCAGGCGUUGUGGUAGCAUCCCCAUCUAAAUCGGAUCCCAACUACUUCUAUACCUGGACUCGUGAUGCAGCGUUGACAUAUAAGGUCUUGAUUGAUGAGUUCAUUGCCGGAGAUAGCUCGCUGGAAUCUACCAUCCAGGAUUACAUCUCUGCUCAAGCAAAGCUGCAGACUGUGUCUAACCCAUCUGGUGACUUGUCUGAUGGAUCAGGACUUGCAGAGCCCAAGUAUCACGUGGACUUGACUGCCUUCACAGAGGCUUGGGGCCGUCCUCAGCGUGAUGGACCCGCUCUACGAGCGACAGCUCUGAUUACCUAUGGUAACUACUUGAUUUCGAAGGAAAAGACAUCUGUCGUCAAAUCGAAUAUUUGGCCCAUCGUGCAAAAUGAUCUAAGCUACGUUGCGCAGUACUGGAACCAAACUGGAUUCGAUCUGUGGGAGGAAGUCCAGGGCUCCUCAUUCUUCACUAUUGCCGCACAACACCGCGCGUUGGUGGAGGGCAGCGCAUUUGCCAAGGCGCUGGGAGAGUCCUGCGAGGGAUGUGAUUCCCAGGCACCUCAGGUCCUAUGCUUCCAGCAGUCUUUCUGGAAUGGCAAGGCUGUAGUUUCCAACGUGGCUAACAAUGGCCGAACCGGUCUAGAUGCGAAUUCCGUGCUUACUUCGAUCGGAAACUUCGACCCCAAGGCUCCCUGCGAUGACGUGACCUUCCAGCCUUGCUCUGCUCGCGCCUUGUCGAACCAUAAGCUAUACGUUGACUCAUUCCGUAAGAUCUAUCCCGUGAACAGCGGUAAGGAAGCUGGAAGUGCUGUUGCUGUUGGACGGUAUGCCGAAGACACUUAUAUGGGCGGCAACCCAUGGUAUUUGGCCACCCUGGCAGCGGCCGAGCAAUUGUAUGAUGCUCUUUACCAGUGGAAGCAACAGGGAUCGUUGGACAUCACCGAGACAAGUCUUCCUUUCUUCAAGGAUCUGGUUUCAUCUGCCGCCGCCGGAAAGUAUCCCAGCUCCUCGGAGACUUACACGUCCAUCACUGCCGCGGUCAAAAAAUAUGCCGACGGAUUCAUGGCUGUUGUUAAGGAGCACACGCCCAGCGAUGGAUCUCUCGCUGAGCAAUUCACUCGGGACAACGGCAGCCCGGCCUCUGCUAAGGACUUGACCUGGUCCUACGCGGCGCUCCUGUCUGCUACCCGCCGUGAGGCUGGAACAGUGCCCCCUAGCUGGGGCGCGUCGACUGCCAAUAAGGUGCCCUCAAAGUGUGAGGGCAGCUCGGCCAAGGGAAGUUACACGACACCAUCAGUCGGCCCGUGGUAA